AUGUCGGAGCCCUUCGAUGACCAGGCUUUCAACUUCAAUGAUUGGAUGAACCUCCCGGAGGACCAAUCAUUCAUGGAUCUUGAUCCCAGCUUUGAUUCAAUGCUGCCUGUUGAGGGCGGGAUGGAUCUUGGCGGGUGAGUUUUUUUUUAGUACUUGCUAACAAAAAGGGUGUCAGGCGGCUCAGGGACAUGCGAGCCGCCACAUGGGCCCCAUUGGUCAAUUCAGAUCAUAGGAAUAAAAUCCAAUCCAGUGUGGAAAGUGCUACCCAGAGCCAGCCUCCUGCUUUAGCUGCAAAAGAAAUGUAUGUUUAGCUCAAAGACCCAAGGCCUAACUUCAACCGAACUUAUGCUCUGAAUAGAUUCAUUCAGGCCUGCGUAUCAUGUAACGAAGUCUUUGAAGGCGCAUCAGAGUACCAUGCCCAAUACUUCCUGCUCAGUCACGCAAAAAAAGCAAGCCAUGCAGGGCUCGCUUGCUCUAUUCGCGGCUGCGAUCAGGUAUUUCUCGACUACCGAGAGCGAGAUGCCCAUCAGAAAAGACCUCAUACGCUUGGCCAUGGACGGCGCCCAACGGCAGCACCACACGACUGUAUUCAGUGCGGAGGAUCCUCGUCUUCAAAGGCUGAUCUUCUUCGGCAUGCUAAAGAACAACAACACCAGCCUUACGCAUGCGAAUGUGGUGCAUCUUUCUCUAGAUUAGAUGUUCCGAAUCGACAUCUUGACAAAUUCAGCGACGAAGAACCCAAAUAUCCGUGCAAGUACUGUAAGCGUCACCGUGGACCAGAGGGCUUCAGGCGCCACGAUCACCUCCUUCAACACAUGCGCAAUUAUCACCACCAUGAUAUAGAAAGCAAAAACAUAUUGAAAUACUCAUUCCCGGUUUGUUCUUAUCCCGAAUGCCCGGAGUACCGCGAUGAUUCGUUCACGAAGAUGUCAAGAAAGGAGCAGGACCAAAACAAGCCAUCUUCUUCCAGAUCCGCGUACACCAAACACAUGCGUGAUGCUCACAAUGAGACGCCGUAUCCUUGUGAUAUUCCUGGAUGCCUCCGUGUGGGAAGGAAGGGGUAUUUCAGAGAGAAGGAUCUCAUAAAGCAUCGCAAGGACGAGCACCCAGGAAGCGAUGCAUAUCAGGUUAUAUCACGACCUAUGCGCACCAAUUGUCUUGGUUGCGGCGUUUCGUUGGAUCCCUCUUCUCUGAAUCACCAUCCUUGCACUUGGAAAAGGAACAAGUGAGAUCAUAGGCCAUUUUAUUUUCUUGGUGGAUUCUUGAUUCAGUUAUUUCCUGAUAGUUUAUUCUUCGCGGAAUCUUGUAUUCUUUACUGUGUAUCUUCUCCUUGCAUUUGACAACGUAUUUCUUAUCUACUUAAGUUCCAAAACACCAAAAAAGUUGAAACAUUUCUGAUCUACAAUCAGUAACGACAUCAUGUUUCUCUGGUCGCUGUCUUCUUUUCUGCUACAAUUGUCAUGUCUACAUUCCACUCGGAAGUUUCGAAACACCAAAAAAAGUUGAAAAAUAGUCAAAUAAAAAUCAGUAACGACCA